AUGUGUGACCUGCAUAAAGCAGUUGACAAUUCAGGGAUACAAACAUUUGCUGACGACACCCAAAUAAUAUUCCAUUUCGACGCCUCAGAUACGCAAAAUUCAUCAGACAUUUUACAGCUUGAUUUAGAUAAGGUACAUCAGUUUUCUAUGGAACAUAAUCUUGCUAUUAAUCCAGAUAAGACACAAGUGUUGUUGUUUUGUUCUGAUCAGAAGAGGAAAACUGUCGAAGAUUCUUUCCAUCUGACUACUGAUGGCAUAACAUUACAGCAUACUUAAACAGCUAAGGGCUCUUUAUUCCAAUCGCUACUUGCUUAACUUUAAUCUGAGAAAAAAACUGUGCGAAUCUUUGGUGAUGUCAAUGCUCAGUUACUGUGAUGUCGUUUAUUAUCCAUGUUUGGAUCAAUUGACCAAAAAUCGUCUUCAAAUCAUGCAAAUGAACUGUGUUCGCUUUAUUUAUG